GAAACCCUAGAGCACACAGUCAUUCUUGCAGCCGCGAGAGAGAGAGAGAGAAAGGAAGAGGAGGGUUCAUCUGCAUUUUCCUCGGCGGCGAUUUCAGUUUACAGGUGAGCCAUGGUGAAGCACAACAACGUUAUCCCUAGCUCCCACUUCAGGAAACAUUGGCAGAAUUAUGUCAAGACCUGGUUUAACCAACCUGCCAGGAAGACCAGGAGAAGAACUGCUCGCCAAAAGAAGGCUGUCAAAAUCUUCCCUCGCCCUACUGCUGGACCUCUCCGUCCAAUUGUUCAUGGACAGACUUUGAAGUAUAACAUGAAAAUUAGGGCUGGUAGGGGCUUUACUUUGGAAGAGUUGAAGUCUGCUGGGAUACCAAAGAAACUUGCACCAACCAUUGGGAUCGCAGUUGAUCAUCGUAGGAAGAAUCGUUCUCUUGAGGGUCUUCAAGCUAAUGUGCAGCGACUGAAGACAUACAAGGCCAAAUUAGUUGUCUUCCCAAGACGUGCUGGCAAAUUCAAGGCUGGUGAUUCUGCCCCAGAGGAACUUGCUAAUGCCACCCAGCUCCAAGGUUCCUACCUUCCAAUUGCACGGGAGAAGCCUUCCGUUGAGCUUGUGAAGGUUACUGAUGAUUUGAAAUCAUUCAAGGCAUAUGACAAACUCCGUGUGGAAAGGAUGAACCAACGUCAUGUAGGUGCCAGGCUUAAGAAAGCAGCAGAGGCUGAGAAGGAAGAGAAGAAGUAGAGAGAGCCUGGACCCUUUAAAUGAGCCCGAAAAUUUGGUUUUGUUUUGGAAGGUGUUUCGUUUUAGGUUUUGAUCUGUUUACUGGACAUGACAAUUUUAGAGUUUGUAAUGUCACUUAAGUUCGUGGAAGUUAAAGAUUUUAUGGUUAUUAAAGCUUCUUAUUUGAUUAAUGCGGAUGGUUUUGUAAUUUGGUUUAUCUUAUGUCACUUGGUUUCAAUUGUAAGGCUAAAGCAUUUGCAUUGA